AACUACCCUCAGUCUGAAAGACACCGCGGAGCUUCGCGGACGCGCGCGCGCCCCCUUCUCGUGUGUGUGUGUGCUGUGUGCGCGCGCGUGCGUGCGUGCAUGCGUACGUACGUGUGUGCGUGCGAAACAGGCUACAAGGGAAGAAAAAGAGAAGAAGAAGGGGAAAUGAAAGAAGAGAGAUAGGAUUGUUACAGAGAAUAAGACAUUUGACGUAAUGCGCAAAUAACGCGUGUAUUUUCAUUCGCGUGAAAAAACGUACGAGACAAAUUUUUAUCUUCGUGUUAGAAAAUCUUUUACGUGUGAGAGAGAUGGAAAGGAGAGGUUCUAAAUUGCUAAAGAAAACAAUAUUUGGGGAUUAGAAAAGGGAACAAAGAGAUACGACGUUUAUCGUGGCCUCUAGGUCGAGACAGAAAGAAAUAGCAAAGGAGAGAGAGAGAGAGAGAGAGAGAGGGAGGGAAGGAGGGAGGGAGGGCGAAAAGAGGGUCAGAGUCAGCGAUCUCUUUUGAUCGUUUGCCAGGAACUCUUCCGAGUGACAUAACGCGCGAGCAUAGCAAAGGAAUCACACGUUCGUACUCGAACCUUCUUCGGUAAUCUCUUUGUAAACGAAAGAAAGAGAGAGAGAGAGAGAGAGAGAGAGAGAGAGAGAGAGAGAGAGAGAGAGAGAGAGAGAAAGAGAAAGAGAGAGAUAAAUAGAAAUAGAUAAAAUAAUACGAAGAAUGAACAGUGAAGAAAAAAAGGAUAAAUUAUAUCGGUAAGAUUCUCCUCUCACCCGUCGUCAUUUUUCUUUUCUUCCUUAAAAAUUUUUAGUUGAUCUACAUCUGUCUCUCUUCUACUCUCUGUUGUCCAAUGAACAACUAUCAUUACCAGGAUCGAACGUCACACGCGAUCGCGUAACCGCGUGGAAUUGGCUACUAAAUUCGCGCGAUUGAAUCGAGCGUGAUGAUUGGUUAUUCGUUAAUCGUCGUCAUUGUCAUUGGUGCGUUUUCUCUUUCGACUAAGUAUUAAUCACUUUUGACGGGAUCGUAUGUAGUACGUAGUACGAGAAGAAGAAAAAAAAAAAAGAGAAUUUCCUCGUCGGUUUUUCCUAUCGAAACGAUCAAUUUUGUGGAAAUCAAGAAGAUCGACAGUCUUUCUCUACCGAACGGAUGGACUUGGAAAAAUCGAAGACGAACGGAUGACGACGUGAACAAUGAUGACGAUUAGUGCUCGUCGAUGCUGAAGUAGUUAUGAAGUACUGAAGAGUCUUGUACUCGAGCUAGCGGAUGAAGAGAGUCGCGAGUGAAGAUGAGAGUUCGUAAAAGUUGAAGGAGGAAGGAAAACCUACACAACGAACAGCAACAACCUGCCUCGUCCAUUGCGACCAGCCACAUAUCUCACGUUAAGAUGACAUAGAAUGGGUUGGGUGGUGCUAGGGCGGUGUGCGGGUGGUGGCGGCCGCCUCUCGUCCAUCCUCUCGCUGUCUCUCACCUCCCUCGCAAGUUCCCUCAUCUUUACCAUCCUCUGUAUCCUCACACUCGCCCUCACUCUUGCCAGUCUCGUGCGUGCCGAGAACAACAUCUUCGAGGAGGGCAAAUCGGACAAGGAGAUUCUGGACGAUCUGCUGCAGACGGCGCGAUACGACAAGCGGCUUCUGCCCCCGGUCCAAGAUGCGGAUUUCUGCUGUGGAAUGCAAUGGCCUGGUGACACCACCGGCCUGACAAACCGGUCGUCGACCUUCUCUAACGACCCCAAGAACCAGAACAAGAACCAGAACAAUAUCCACUACACGCCGCACCAACACCUUCGCACUCACCUUCGCGGAACCUUGACCGUCAACGUGAGCGUGUUGCUGCUGAGCUUGGCCUCGCCCGACGAAUCCAGUCUGAAAUACGAAGUGGAGUUUUUGCUGCAGCAACAGUGGUUCGAUCCGCGGUUGCGUUAUAGCAACAGAUCGCGAUACGAAUUUCUUAACGCGAUUCACCAUUACGACAAAAUCUGGCUGCCGGAUACGUAUUUUAUAAUGCACGGCGAUUUUAAGGAUCCUCUUAUACCGGUUCAUUUCGCUCUGCGAAUAUACCGCAAUGGCACCGUCAACUAUCUUAUGCGGCGUCAUCUAAUCCUAUCCUGCCAGGGUAGACUCAAUAUCUUCCCAUUCGACGACCCACUGUGUUCAUUCGCUAUCGAGAGCAUAUCGUACGAGCAGACGGCGAUUACGUACGUUUGGAAGAACGACGAGGGUACGUUACGAAAAAGUCCGAGCCUGACAUCAUUGAACGCUUACCUCAUUAAGAACCAGACAAUCACGUGUCCGAUUAAAGUAAGCUGGCGAGCUGAAGGACAAAUCAUCGACUACGAGGACGAGUUCGAUGAGUUCGGGGACUCUAAGUGUUCGCUGUGCCAGCGCAGGUUUGAGGAGCAAGGUAACUACAGCUGCCUGAAAGUGGAUCUAAUCUUCACCCGGGAUCGUGCCUUCUACUUCACGACGGUCUUCAUCCCGGGUAUCAUUUUGGUCACCAGCUCGUUUAUCACAUUCUGGCUGGAGUGGAACGCGGUACCGGCACGCGUGAUGAUCGGCGUGACUACGAUGCUGAAUUUCUUCACAACGUCAAAUGGUUUCCGAGGAACAUUGCCGGUGGUUUCAAAUCUGACCGCCAUGAACGUUUGGGAUGGCGUUUGUAUGUGCUUCAUUUACGCGAGCCUUCUUGAGUUUGUCUGUGUGAAUUACGUUGGCCGCAAACGACCGAUGCACAACGUCGUCUAUCGUCCCGGCGAGAAUCCCGUCACCCAGCGGCUUCCAGCGGUGCUCAGCAGGAUAGGGAUUAUAUUGGCCAGCCCCUUGACCCUGUCGCAGGGUAAAAAGAAGCGAGAGGGUGGACCUCCAACUGGUGGUGGAACGGGACCGAACGAGAUCGUUACUUGUACCAAUUGUGGCCCAAAUCCCUGCACACACACGGCUACCAAUGGAUGUACAGCUGAGAUACGAAAGAAAGAGCCACCGCAUCCGAUCAGAGUGGCUAAAACGAUCGAUGUGAUAGCGAGGAUCACCUUUCCAGUCGCCUACUUCAUGUUCCUUACGUUCUUCUUCAUCCAUUACAAGGGCAGCUCGUAGAGCAGCAUUCAGGAAUGAACACGAUUGUUGACGACGUAGGAUCGAAGUGAUCGACAAUUCUUCGAUCAUAAAAAAUAACGACGAUGAAGAUAAUGCCGACAAUGAUCAAGAUUACAAUUACGAUACGAUUACGAUGUAAACGACGACGAUAUUUAUCGUUGUUAACAUCUCUCUCUCUCGUUUAACAAGAGGAAGCCUUUCCUAACAGAAUGAAUGAGCAAGCAUGUAUUCGUAAGCAUGUGUCCGGCUGAAUUGGAAAUCGAAAAUGGAAAGAAAAAAAAAAAAAAGAAGAAAAAAGUGGUACGAAGGGUUGAAAAAGAAAGAAUUAAGAAAGAUGAGUAAGAUGAGGUAGAGAAGAAGGAGAAGAG